CGAGUCCAUAACUCAUUCUUCAGCAGCAAUGGCAAAGCGUACAGCCGACAACCAGAAAACAAAGGACGACGUUGAGGAAGAAGGCAACGAGGAACCUGGUAUCAGAGCCGCUCCCCUUGCGGCCGUAGAGGGUCGACCUGUCCGAGGAUUGCCAAAGCGCCGUGGAUUAGGAGGUGCCUCUGCGCCUACACCAACUCCCGCUCCAGCUCCAGUUGCAGACAUACCGCCAGCUCCUACAUCAGGUACUUCCUCGCCGGUACCUCCUUCAGGGACAUCUAAUGCCUUUACCGGUUUCUCUUUCGGCGCUUCUACAUCUUCAACUCCUUCCUUCUCCUUUGGUCAAUCUUCUGCUUCCUCCCCAGCUUCCACAACGCCUGCUGCCGCACCUAAGCCAUUUGCUGGCUUUUCAUUCGGAAGUGCAGCUGCCACUGGAUCAUCUACAUCCGCUCCCGUUACAGAGCCCACGGGGACUGCUACUCCAGCAUUCUCGUUUAGUCAGAAGCCUGUUGAACCCACGCAAACGAAGGCGUUACAACCUUCCAAACCAUUUGCGGGCUUUUCAUUUGGGGCUCCUGCCGCCGCUGCGCCGUCUACGGGCGAUAAUGCAUCCGAGCCGCCAAGAUUCUCUUUUGGAGCCAAACCAACGUCUGACGUGACCAAAGAGGUUCCAGCGCAUGAACCCAUUAAAUCGAAGGCCGCCCCUUUCUCCUUUGGUACCGCCUCUAGUGCUCCUGUUGCAUCUGGUAGUAAGGAAGCUACUCAAGUCCAGGGCUUUUCUUUUGCCAAAACUCUCAUCGCCACCGCCACAUCAACCACCUCAAAGCCUACUUUGACUGAAGCAUCAGAAACUGCUCCCGCAAAGCCUUCAUUUUCCUUCGGUCCUAUGGCGACGACGUUUGGCACUGGUACAGCGCCCACCUCUAACUCUGCCCCACCAGCCCCUGCGGCUGAGGCAGCGCCCGCACCGAGCACCUCAUCUUCUUCCUCGGAGUCAGAAACCUCUUAUUACACCUCACUUCGUGGUCUCAACCAGUCUUUCCUCACCUUUUUCUCAACUACCAUUGAAAAGGACCAGUUCAUUGAUCUCACAACGGUACUUCCCAAAUUGCUCGUGCAAUAUGAAGAGCAUCUGACUGGGAUCGAAACUAAGGCGGGAUGGAAGCCUGACGCAACAAGUAAGGACAAGAUUGAAACCACAGCAGCGCCCGAACCGCCCAAAGCCACCGGGUUUACAUUGCCGAAAGCCCCUUCUGCGGGUAGUUUCUCCCUUCCUAAAGCACCUUCUACUUCUAGUGCUGCACCUGCGACUGGUGGUUUCACGCCUUCUGCACCCGCAACUGCUCCUUCGAAAUCAUCCAUCUUUUCUUUCCCGGCUGCCGACACUACCCCCAAAAAAUCAUCCGACGAGGUCAAUAAGAUUGUCUCUGAGGCUAUUGCCGACAAACCUGAGGAAGAGAAAAUGGCGGAAAAGACCGGGUUUGGGUUCUCUUUUGGCACAGAUAGUACAAAGCCUAAAGAGAGUAGCGCCUUCAAGUUUGAAGCGCCCAAGAAAUCUACGUCUCUCUUCGCCUCAUCGCCUGCUACUCCUGCAAAGUCUGCCGCAGGAAAUGAAGCAGCGCCUUUGGGAAAAUUCGGGCCCGGCGGUUCUCAACCACAGCUGUCUUUUGGUGCCAAGGCAGGCACGUCGCCGGCGGCCAACACCACUAGUAGCUUCAACUUCAACGUCGGAAAACCCAGCACACCGGCGGGGGCUGGCACAAGUUUUUCUUUCGGUACUAGUUCAUCUCCUUCCGUUGCGGCUGGCGCAUCUACUACCUCAGCUUCAGUUUUCGGGGGCACCAGUACAAGAUCAGCUCCGACAUUCUCAUUUGGAGCGACAACGCCAUCAGCCUCGUCUUCUUCAUCAUUUGUGUUCGGCAAGUCUCCUGUGGUACAACCCUCCGGCGAUGCGCCAAAAUUCGGCGCUUCUUUGCAGCCCUUUGGCUCCACCUCUUCUGUUUCUACCCCAGCGCCCGCCGUUAAUGAGAGCAACACUGAAGGGGAGGAAGCUACUGAGCCCAGUUCCCCAUCCAAAAAUUUGGCGUCGGUUGCAGGUGCAGGUGAAGAGAACGAGGAUACUGUGAUUGAGCAGCGAGGCAAGUUGAACAGGUUGGAAGAUGGAGAGUACAAGUUGGAAGGCCUUGGUCAAUUUAAAUUGAAGAGAACUAAGAAUGAAGAGGAUAGAAAGAGAAGGCUUCUAAUGAGGACUGACGGAAAUGGAAACGUAAUCCUUAACAUGGCCGUGAAGUCAACUUUCAACCCUUCUGUUGAAGGUCCAUAUCUAAAGUUCUUGGGUUUUAACAUGGACGGCAAACCCACUCCUUAUGCUCUGAGGGUAAAAAAUGCAGAGGCAGCCAAUACUCUGUUGGAAGGAUUGAAGAAGGAAGUGGAGGAAAUCAAGGACGACAAGAGUUGAUUAGUCAUGGUUACAUGCAAGGCGCAUGAGGCCAGGAAAAGAUAAUACCAACAACAAAUAGAAUGUAAUUUGUAUGUAUGGGCAUG